CACGGCGAGGGUCCGCUGCGGCAGAGUGUCGGAAAAGUAGCGAGCAUGCUGGAGGGCGAGGAAGCAGCCCGGAACCUUUUUUAAAAGACCGGUCACGUGAUCCGAGGCGAGAUGUCCAACUCCAACAAGAACAAGAAGGACAAAGAGAUCCUCGCCGACUACGAGAGCCAAGUCAAAGAUGUACGUGCCCAGCUGGUGGAGCAGCAGCGCUGUCUGGAGCAGCAGACGGAGAUGCGCGUCCAGCUCCUCCAGGACCUUCAGGACUUCUUCAGGAAGAAGUCCGAAAUCGAGACGGAAUACUCCAGAAACCUGGAGAAGCUGGCUGAGCGGUUCAUGGCCAAGACCCGCAGCACCAAAGACCACCAGCAGUACAAAAAGGACCAGAACCUGCUGUCACCGGUCAACUGCUGGUACCUGCUGCUCAACCAGGUGAGGAGGGAGAGCAAGGACCACGCGACCCUCAGCGACCUCUACUUGAACAACGUCAUCAGUCGCCUCACGCACAUCAGCGAGGACUCGGCACGCCUCCUCAAGAGGAGCAAGGAGAUCAUCUUCCAGCUGCAGGAGGAUCUCAUGAAGCUCCUCAAUGAGCUCUACACGGUGAUGAAGACCUACCACAUGUACCACGUGGAAACCAUCAGUGCGGAAAGCAAGCUGCGGGAAGCAGAGCGUCAGGAAGGGCGGGUGAAGGGCGGCUCUGGCACAGGGGUAGCAGUGGAUCCUGUGUUUGGCCUGCGCAUCGAGGAACGCCACCAGAGACGCAACGCCGCCCGCAAGAUGGAGAAGAUGCGAGAGAAGAGAAAGGCCAAGUAUUCCGAGAACAAACUGAAGACGCUCAAAGCAAGGAACGAGUACCUGCUGACUCUCGAGGCCACCAACGCUUCCGUGUUCAAGUACUACAUCCACGACCUGCCCGACAUCAUUGACUGCUGUGACCUAGGGUACCACUCCAGUCUGAGCCGGGCUCUGAGGACCUACCUGUCAGCAGAACUGAGCCUGGAGGCCUCCAGGAGGGCUGGUCUGGAGGUGCUUGAGGGCGCUGUGGAGGGUCUUGAUCCCGCUCGAGACCGCCAGCGUCUUUUGGGUCUCUAUCCAACCGCCUUCUGCCCGCCGUCACGCUUCAACUUCCAGGCCCACAUGGGUGACGCGGUGACGCAGAUCGCCUCUCAGCCACAGGUCCAGGCGGAGCUUAGCCUCCGCCUCACGCAGCUGCAGACCCGCCUGGCAUCACUGAAAAUAGAGAAUGAAGAGGUGAAGAAGACCUGGGGGGCCACGCUGACCACCCUGCAGGACAUGACAGUCCUGGAUGACUACGAUGUCUCCCAGAGUUUCACCCACAGUCCGUCGUCCGAGUCAGUAAAAUCCAGUGUGUCGGACAGUUACCUGAACAAACCCAGUCUGGCCAAGAGACGAGCCAACCAACAGGAGACAGAACUCUUCUACUUCACUAAAUUCCGCGAGUACCUGGAGGGGAGUAACCUGAUCUCCAAGCUCCAAGCCAAACAUGACAUCUUGAAGAAAGCCUUAGCAGAAGGCUACAAAGCAGAGCUGCUCACCACGAGUCGCGGGCGAAAGAACUCGCACAGCAAGCACCAGGAUUCAACCAAAGCCAUACCUCUGCUGGUGGAGAGCUGCGUCCGCUACAUCAACCUGCAUGGUCUUCAGCAUCAAGGCAUUUUCCGGGUGUCCGGCUCUCAGGUAGAGGUCAAUGACAUCAAGAACUCCUUUGAGAGAGGUAACGACCCGCUGAUUGACGAGGAAAGUAACCACGACAUCAACUCGGUGGCUGGCGUCUUGAAGCUUUACUUUCGAGGUCUGGAAAACCCACUUUUCCCGAGCGACAGGUUCAACGACCUCAUCGCCUGUGUCCGCAUGGACAACCUCUACGAGAGAGCCCAGUGCAUCCAGAAGAUCCUGCUGGGCGUCCCAAGGGCCACACUAGUGGUGAUGCGCUACCUCUUUGCUUUCCUCAACCACUUGUCCAAGUACAGCGACGAGAACAUGAUGGACGCUGGGAACUUGGCCAUCGUGUUCGGCCCCACCCUCCUGCCCACGCCCGACGCUCUGGACCAGGUGGCCUGUCAGGCCCACGUCAACGAGGUGGUCAAGACCGUCAUCCUGCACCACGACGGCAUCUUUCCAGACACCAAGGAGCUGCCGGGCCCGGUUUACGAGACCUGUAUGACGGGCGAGCAGUACUGCGAGAGUCCAUUCAGUGAGCCGGGAGCGCUGGAGGAGACCGAGCCGGAUGCCGGCACCGAGACCCAGACCAGCGACGAGGAGGGCGAGGCAGUGGAGGCGGUGGCGAGGUUCGACUACGUCGGUCGCUCGGGUCGCGAGCUGUCAUUCAAGAAGGGGGCGUCGCUGCAGCUCUACCAGCGGGCGUCACAUGACUGGUGGGAGGGGCGCCACAAUGGCAGCCGCGGUCUGGUGCCGCAUCAGUACAUCGUGGUCAAGGACAGGGGCGACGCCAUGUCAGACACGCUCAGUCAAAAAGCGGACAGCGAUGGCGGAAGCAGCAGCACAGACGACAAGAGGUCCACCCGAGACCUGUGCUCGCCCACCGACAUUCGACCGCCAGAGUUGUAUAACAGGUGUGUGUUAAAAAAAAAGGUGCUGCUCGGCAGUAAUAAUCGAAACAUUCCUCACGACAGCCACAGGAGGAAGCGAACCGACGGCUUGUUUCGCCGUCCCCUGGGACGCUCCAACGACUGCCAUGGUAACGGGGCGACCAUGGAGAGGAGCUCGCCACCGGUGACGGGUCACUUCAGUCCCAGGGAGCUGCUACUAGGGCGGAGCCAGGGUUUGACUCCGCCCCUCGACAGCCCCGAGCGCCGGCGCCGCUCAGCCGCCGUCACCGUGACGGUGGGCCGCCACGACUCACUGCGGAGGCCGGAGGACACGCCCAUACGACGGUCCAGCAGCGGCCAGCACGGCUUUGCCGACUCCUAUCGAACACGAGCGCUGGACCCCAGCACGCUGGCUCAGGACAUCGAGGAGAAGGUGACGGUGGCCUUGGGGGACUUUCGGCACAUGGAGCGACAGGGGUGCAGGCCGGCGCCGGACGUGGUUCUGGACACACUGGAGCAGGUGAAGAACGGCCCAGCCGCCCCAUGCUCCUCAGAGUCCCCGAGCCCUCAUAGCACCCCCAGCACGCCGGGGACACCGGGAACCCCUGGCACUCCCGGCACCCCGAGCCCACUCACUCCUCUAAGUCCCAUCAGCCCGCUCCCGGGACCUCCGGCCGGACCGCCCAGGCCGUCCAACCCUUCCCCCGACACCUUGGGAUCCUUCAAGCCCGUGGCAGUUGCUCGCAUGGGGCUCCCGUUGAGGCCUCCGGCCCUGAGGCCCAAACCCGCAGUGCCGCCCAAGAGCAGCACCCCGCCUCUGCCCCCGCCACUCGACAAAUCCUGCACCAUGUGAGCCAGCUCAAAAGUCCCAAUCAGGCCAAAAGUGGUCCAGUAGAGGAGAUCAGGGUACUGCUAAAUGUUUGAGGGUAGACUUUAGGACAAGUGAGGGUUUAAAUAUGGUCCUAUCCAAUAUAUGAUAUUAAUAAUAAUAAUAAUAAUAAUAAGUGUGUUGUCAGGUUGCUGUGUUCUCUUCUUCUUCUUGUACAGAAGCAUUUAGCAAAGUGACUGACGUGUGAAAAGAGACCUAACAUGUUUAGUUUAGUCAUGUGAAUGUUGGACGGUUGCCCCGGCAACCACCGUGACCUGGGCCACGAUGCUAUACUCUUUAUUUAUUUUCUACUCAGUUCAGCUGCUAAACUCACUGGCGCCCCCUGGCGGGCGCUCAGGGACUCAUGCGUCCAGCUAACGAUUGAAUGUUUUAACGACUGUUCAUCUACCGAAUGUUAGCCGAGCCAACAUGGCCGCUCACCAAACUUAAAGAGCCUUUUUUUUAUUUUUAUUUUGAAGAGUCAGGGGAGGGGCUUCAUACAGGGUGCCACGCUUAGAGGGAACUUUUUGGGGCCUGUGUGUGUUUUCUUGUAUUUCCGACCUUCUUGAGACAUCAACAAGGAAAAGUACCUUCCAUAUGAGGAGGUGUGAACAAGUUAAGAGCGAAAACAUGGUCCCAUUACGGAAAACCGUUGCAUCUAAUAGAGAAUGUCUCAUUUGCACCCCCGGUGGUAAAUGGUAAAUGGGUUAUACUUGUAGAGCGUUUUUCUACCUUCAAGGUACUCAAACACUAUUUCCACAUUCACCCAUUCACACACUGAUGGUGGCAAGACCCUAACCACGACCCAACAGGAGCACGGGUGAAGUGUCUUGCUCAAGGACACAACGGACGUGACUCGGUUGGUAGAAGGUGGGGAUCGAACCAGGAACCCUCGGGUCGCCGGCACGGCCACUCUCCCACCCGGCCGCCACGCCGUGGUGAAAUCUAUCAAAAUUAGGGUGGUCCCAAAAAGGAGGGAUAUUUUCUAAUUGACUGUGUGUCGGUUUUAAAAGUGCUCCCCCCCUCUGGUCAACAUAUGAAAUAACAAGUGUGUGUAAAAGAUUUGAAGUGCUCCCCCUCUGGCCAACAUAUAAUAACACGUGUGUGUGUGUGAGAGAGAAAUUGAAAUGCGCCCCCUUUGGCCAAAAUGAAUUGAAAAAUGUAAAUAAAUAUCUAUAUAGAGACAUACUGUAAUAAGUUGAAGUAAAUAAUGACAAUUAAAAACCAUUUGGAGGAGUUCAAGUA